CUUGCAAAAUGUUUAGUUUUCACAAGCCAAAGGUCUAUCGAUCUAGUACUGGGUGUUGCAUUUGUAAGGCCAAGUCUAGCAGCUCGCGGUUCACAGACAGUAAAAAAUACGAGGAUGAUUUUAUGGAAUGUUUCCAACUCGAGGAAAGGCGCACCGGGGAAAUUUGUAAUGCAUGCGUUCUUUUAGUGAAAAGAUGGAAGAAAUUACCAGCAGGAAGUAAUCGCAACUGGAGACACGUUGUUGAUGCACGUGCAGGACCUGGCAUAAAGUCGUUAACCAAAUUUAAAUCAAAAAAUAAAAAGAAAAUAAAAGAUCUACCAGAAAAAUUUGAGAAGAUAAUGAAGAAGAAACAUAUCUAUUUAAAAACUGAUAGAGAUCGUGAACAAAGCCCAGCAAUGAGCGAUGAUUUAACAGAAGACUAUUUAAAUGGAAAUGGCAGUAAAGGCUCCAGUCGUGCCGGCAGUCCUGUAGGCAGCGACGAUAUUCCAGUGACUGAAAAACAAUUAGAUAUGCAGGAUAUUUCGGAAUCAAAGGAUGAUUUAACUGUUAAUGGAUUUAUCGAUUUGUCGUAUUUCAAAAGGGAGGUAAUUUGUUGUGGAACAAUAUUCAAAGGUCCAUACGGGGAAGUAAUAGUGGAUCCUUCGUUAAUAAAACCAUGCAUCGGUUGUAUAGCUAGACAACAACGACAACAACAAACAAAUGCAUUAAGUUGCAGUCCUGUGCAUAGUUCCGCAUCAGCCAGCCCUGUCCACAGUUCCGCGUCUGCUAGUCCUGCCCAUAGUGUAGAGUCUGGUACAGAGACUACUGUCUCUAAGCAGACAAAUAAGACGUUUAGUGACUCGUCAUCAGAUUCUGGCUACGAUGAAUCCUCUAAUCAAGGAGUUGGUGAAAGUAAGAUUACUAAAAUUAUACAAAGUACGAGUGCUACUGUAAAAUCAGCGGUCAAGAUACAACCGUUGAAAAGUGUUCAGUUAAAAGCUAUACCAGUAUCGGAAGCUGUCAGGUUAAAAACAGAUGUGCCAAUCAAGUUGGUACCUAUUAAGCAGAUUGAUCAACUGUCUUGUAAGCCAUUGUCUUUAGUUUCUUCUACCAAUGUUACUUUAAGCAGUAGUACUUCACACUCCAUUGUUACCGUCCCAAGUAAUCCGCUCGUCGAUUUUGCCAUGCACGCAGCCUCCUCAAGGCAGUCAGUCUCUAAUUAAUGUCAGUCUCUCAUAGAGUUUUAAUUUAUUUUUUUUUUCUUACACAUAGACAUAUGCUAUGAUACAAAAUUGUGUGUUAAAUAUGCUACCAUUUACUAUCCCAGAUCACAAAGGCUCUGGAUGAGAGUGUUUAAGUUUUAUCAUAUCGAGCACAGAGAGUUUAUGAUGUUAUGAAUGAUGGGAAAGUGAAUUCUUGUGAUUAGAAGAACUGUUAUAGUGUACAGUAGACAUAUAGUGCUCUUGGGAAAGGUUACACAGGAUAUAUAUCCUCGAUCGUUGGUUGUUAAAAAAGAUAUAUAUACAUACAUAUAUAUAUAUAUAUAAAAUUACAUAUUAUAUUGUCUUCAUGGACGCGAGCUCUUAAAGUACGUUCCAUGCCUGUUAGCUGAUUCUUACGAGAGCACAGUUGAAAAAGGGCACGAUGUUUCUACUGGAAUGCUGUUUGUAGCAUAGAUAAAAAAAUACUUAUAAACUGCCAUGAAUAUAUAUAUACAUAAUUGUAAACUCCUUGCAAAAUGUUUUCCAGUAUGCGGGGAGUUUUCAAUUACUUUUUAAGUGUAAUGAUUAGCUACGUACAUCAAAAUACUGUGAUGACAUUAUAAUCUAUUGUGAGAUAUAAGGUUAUUAUUCAGCAAGUGGCAGUUUAUGGUAUCUUUUAUUUCUAAGCAUUAGUCGAAGUAACCGUGUGGGUGUAAAAAGGGUUUCUUUCUUAUCCAUAGCUUUUCGUUUUCUGGGCUUUACAUAAAAUUGCAAUCAUAAAUGUGAAUAUAUGUAUAGAAGUUCCAAGAUGCCAAUCAUUUUUCAAACAUUUGGGUCCAAAAAUUAAGAGAGAAAAAAAAAGAACGAAUUCACUUUAGGGUCACGAUAGCUACAUUGUACCAGAUGCAUUUGAUAAAUAUGAUUCAUGCAAAGGUCCAUGACGUUAAAAAUAAGUAAUUCAACAUAAGGAACGAAUGUGUUCGGGUACUGUAAAUCCUGACCCAUUGAUAGCAAUAAAUACGAAGGGUAACUUUAUAAUAAACUAAACGAAGUCUGUUGAAUAGCAUCAUAUCAGUAUGAUGAUAUAUUUAGGCAGUAUUACUAGAGAGUGAAAUUGAACGAGAAUAAGGCAAUCAGAUUGGCAAACUGGACCAGUAAAAUUUGUUAUAAUAUAUUUCAGGGUUACUGUAUAAUUAAUGUAAAAAAGAAAUGAAUGAACAGCAGAUUAUUGACCUAUGGAAAUAAGUAUGAUAAUGGUAAAUAAGUGAAAACUGUUAGUUCCUAGUUUUCAGAGAUGGGCACACGACCGAACAAAAGCACACGAAAGUACCUGUUGGAAACCGAUUAACUGUGAUCAUUGGAUUAUUCAGACUUUUCAAACACGUUCUUUCCUUUUCAUUUCACGGUUAAACAUUUGAACGACACACGCACAAUCGAAAUUUGAAUACGAAGUAGUUUUUGUGGUGGAACCCAGGAGUAAUCGCAACAAACAAGUUUUUUAAGACUUAUAUUACAUGUAAGAUGCACCUGAAGCAAGAUAUAAACUCGAUCCUAUUAAAAGAUAACAUCCAUAACAAUUGUAAACGUACAGUUAACAUUACUUUAACGACAACGCCAAAGAUACGAGAGAGAUAGACAUUAUUUUAUAGCAACGACAAAUCAUUUGGGCGAUAAUGCAAAUUUUUUAUGAAAGCGUUAUAUUUGACUGCGGAAUUGAAACAAGAAAAUCUUAGUAUUUAAAAGAACGCAAAGUAAGAGUAAUAAUAAUAAAAUUUAAGAGUAAUCUACUUCUGGGAUAUUGGCAAUCUUCACGAUGGACUCUUGUCUGACAGAAAAAGUUCGUUUACGUUUUAGAGUACUGUGUUUGUUGCCCAUCUGGCUUAAGCUGAUUGACAAUCGUUACGUAACAAGGAAACGAUAACAGUUUUUCAUAUGAAAUCAAACAUCGAAACUAUAUAAUUUGUUCAAGGACAAUGUCGACCACCUUGUCCUUCGACAAAUUUCAAUUGUACAUUUCUUUGCCUAGGAGACUUUAUGAUCUCUUUACUGUGAAUAUUAAUAGCUAUGGUUUUUUGUUGUAACUGGCACGUUAUGAUUUAUAAUAAUUAAUAUAUGUUAAGAAUUAAGGUCGGAUCAUAGAUGAACAAGCCAUACGUUUAGCACUAUUGUGUAAGAUUGAUCUUUUAUUAACAGUCAGAAAUAUAAUGAAUCUUGCUACUCGAGACGCUCAAAUUACAAUUAAGGUUUCUAUAAUAUACUCGUUCAGCACAUAACUAAUAUAAUUUUUUAAAUAAUCUUUAUAUCUAGUCUAUGAUCCUUCCUCUAAACGGAAAAAAUAAGGAAUACUUGUUUAACUUAUUUAUUUUGUAAGUUUAUUUACUUGCAAUAUAUAAUAUUCUUUUUCUACGUAAAUUUAUAUAUAUUUUUAUACAAAUUAAUCUUUGCUUUUUAUGAAAUAAACCAUCUGUAGCACUGCCAGGGAAGAAGAACGUGCCUCGCGUUCGAUUCCAGGUCAAUCUGCUGGCAAUAUUCGAAGAAUUAUUUAUUUUCAAUUAGUAUGAAUAUUAAUCUAGUUCUUGAGUGUUAAUAAUACGUGCAGUAAUUUCACUCAAAGCUUGAAAAAAAAGAAAAAAUGAACAACUUGGGAAGGGGAGAUACGAUUGUUCGAGAUUCGUAGCUCGUUUUUAUAGUUGUUGAUAAUCGCCAACUAUAAAAAUAAGCCGCACACUCUCGAAUGAUCGUAUCAUCCCAAGUUGUUCAUUGUCGUUCCCAAACCGAGGGAUAUAAUGUGAGAGAAAUUACUGUAACUUGAGAAAUAUAUAAAUGGUGCCCACAGAUUGAUUAGGCACUAGAAACAUUCAUAUGUGUGCGUAAGGAAAUUUUGUACAUGAAUAUAUAUAUAUACAUAUAUAUAAAUAAAAUGGUCUCAUAUUCGAAGUAACAUAAUUGCGUGAUACAUAAAGAAUACAAAUAAUUGCGUGUGUUUUUAAAACAGAAAAAUGAUGACAAAUUAAAACACUUUAUCGAUAGAAAGAUUAUUAAUGAAUAUAUUGUAUGUGCAGCUAUGAAAAUAAUAUUAUUUAUGGAUAAUGCGAAUAGCUGUGGACAAACAUCAAAUUAUCUUCUAUAGAUAUUGGGAUGUUACAUUAAAGUUAAGGAAGAGCAUGUGUCAUUUCCAAUAUGUUAAACGUCCUUGAAAAAAAAAACUGUUUAAAUAAAAUAACAUGAUUACAGUU